AUUUGUCACGAGGCAUCCAGUCUGUCGGAAAUCCAGAAGAAGAAGAAGAAGAAGAAGAAGAAGAAGAAGAAGAAGAAGAAGCAGCUCCGCCGUGUCAUUGGCUGUUUCACCAGCAUGCUGUUUGAAUGGGAACGGGAAGCUAGCUGACUAGCUAGAAAGUAGCCAACUACGAUUUACGUCGUUAUUAUUUAUUUAAACAACUGAAUCACGAUACUCAAAAUUGCAUAGUUUAAUCAGUUGAUGACGUAAUGUUUAAAGUCAGACCAACUUUGUAAUGUCCUUGUAAUAAACAUCAGUACGAAGAGGAAUCAGUCUGAUGAGGGGGCACCUACAGCUGGCAGGAUGCAGCAGAAAAGGAACAUCCAGAUCAUCGAGUGGGAGGACCUCGACAAAAGGAAGUUCUACUCUUUCGGGGUGUUCAUGACGAUGAGCAUCCGGGCCACAGUCUACCCGGCCACACUGAUCCGCACUCUGCUGCAGGUACAGAGAGGCAAAUCACUUUACAGCGGCACCUUUGACGCCUUCUUCAAGAUUCUGCGUGCUGAGGGCGUUCGAGGCCUUUAUCGUGGCUUUAUGGUCAACACUCUCACGCUCAUCUCAGGCCAAGCUUAUAUAACCACCUACGAGCUGGUGAGGAAGCAUGUCUCCCAGUAUUCUGAGGACAAUACAAUAAAGUCACUGGUGGCGGGCGGUUCGGCCUCUCUGGUUGCUCAGAGCAUCACUGUUCCCAUAGAUGUUGUCUCUCAGCAGCUGAUGAUGCAGGGCCAAGGGGAGCACCUCACCCGCUUUCGACUCAAUUCUAACACUGAGAAAGGAAAGUCCAAAAAAGUGUUCGGCCAAACCAGGACCAUCAUGGCUCAGAUUUUUGCCGCUGAUGGUCUCAAGGGCUUCUACAGGGGAUAUGUGGCUUCUCUGCUCACUUAUAUCCCAAACAGUGCUGUCUGGUGGCCUUUCUAUCAUUUUUAUGCUGAGCAACUCUCUAAACUGGCUCCCAGUGACUGCCCUCAUCUCAUUCUACAAGCCAUAGCUGGACCUCUGGCUGCCGCUACUGCCUCAACUGUCACCAACCCAAUGGAUGUGGUCAGAGCCAGAGUGCAGGUUGAAGGAAGGUCUUCAGUCAUUGAGACGUUCAGUCAGCUCAUCAAAGAGGAGGGCUGCUGGGGGUUGACCAAAGGACUGUCGGCACGCAUCAUCUCAUCCACACCCACCGCCAUCGUCAUGGUGGUCGGCUAUGAGACGCUAAAGAAACUGAGUUUGCGACCGGAGCUGGUGGACUCGAGACACUGGUAGAAGAUGCCUGGACAGACGAUAGAUGGACCGCGUGCCAUUUUAGCCCUUAAUUAGACUUCCUAUGACAACUCUGGGUGAAAGAAAGGUUUGUUUUAAAGAACAACUUGGGGAACAAAAUGGAAUGAGGCCACUAUAGAAACACUUAACCUGUGUAUAAGACAUGGAACAUGUGUUUAGUUGCAGAUUAAAUAACUGGCAGCCAUCAACAUUCACACCAGACCAAGGUUCAGUUUAUAUUGCUGCUCAACAGGGUUGACGCUUUUUAGUGCAAUUGAAAGGGGUAAAUAAAAUGUUUUAACACUGGAAGAUUGAGACCUAUUGAUGCAACCGUGUACAAUUCAUUGUUACACGCUCUAUAAUCACGUUCAAGCAUCUUGGCAGUUAAAAAUGUUUGUGCGAUCAGACAGAUGAUUACUGUGUUUGUGCUGUCACAAAGCCAAGCAAACGUAACACAAAAAAAGAACUGGUUUUGAUCAAAGUUCAGAGAAAGAUCGUUUCUUAUGACGACACAUUCACGUCAGCAGUAAACAAAUGUUUCUCAAGUGUUUGUUUCCUUACACUCACUCGUUCCUUUAUUUUGGCCUUUUUUAAAUUGCUGCCUUCAUAGUUUGAUCUGCUUUUAGUGUUGCUGAAUGUGUGAGAAGAACUGUAAGUAUUAGAAUCUGUGUAUCAUGGCAGCCUGUGUUAUAGGCGUGUUUAAUUUGCCGUUGUCUCGUACGCUGCACAAACUGAGUCAAAAAUAAAUGACUCGACAAAUUCCACGCAAAGCGUUAUGCAUACAUACAGUACAAUAUGUUAUCAGCACGUUUAUAACAUACUAAUAUGCCGUCUGUUUGCAGUGAUCACGCCGGUUAUUCAAUGCUUUGGUGUACUGGUAACUUGAAGUUAUUAGAGAAUAAUUGUUGCUGUUUCCCUCUUGUGACAGUAAAUGUUUGAGUGCAAUAACGUAACCGUUAUCCUUUUCAGCACAACAUGUGAUUGUAUAUUUCUUGUAAAUUGUGUGAAUAAUGUGUCUUAUGCAUUAUACCUUAUUUAUUUUCUUCACAUAUUUAGACAAUUAUGACCACAAACGUUACCCAACUUCAAAAUGUUACAUUAUGUUUAAGUUUGGGCUUCAGUUUGUUGCUUCUUUUUUUUUUUUAAAUAGCUUUUAGGAAAUUUAAAAAUGUAAUUAAACUCAUCUUAAAAAUAAGAUCAGGUGACGAUCACGGAGAAAGAUAAAUAGCAAGGGGCUGUGAAUGUUUGAAGGCAAAUUCCAAAAUCUGAGUUUGUUCCCCGUAAUGUUUUCUGAAGUUGUAUAUAAAACUGCUCUCAGGCCAUGCCAAGAUGUGUAAUGAAUAUUUAAUGGACACAUGACGAAACUCUGGAAUACAUUUACACUUCGUCAGGGCAAUCCUCUUCAUCUCUUAAAGGCAUGUUUUACUGAAAUAGUCUGGAAUUUCUUUGCACAACUUUCGGUAACUCAAAGUUUGAUUAUGUUUUUAGAGAUUAGUCUUCUGUUGUCGACUCGUACAGAAUACACUUCACAUCAGAUGUCGUCUCACUGUGUCUGGAUUCAUCUAUUUGAUUAAUAAAACAUUACGGAUGCUAAAUAA